GGCGGCAGCAGUACCGGCGGUGAAGAAGAGAGCAGUGACGACGAGAACGUCUGCGUCCGGUGCCGGGCCGAGUUGCCCGGCGUCGAUCAGCUGACCGCGCACAAGCCGCGUUGGUGCGCUCCCUGCGCCGACCGCCGCGCCAUGGGCCUGCCGGCCAUCCAGACCAGCAUUCGCGGCCAGUGCGUGGGCGCGGACGACCCCCGCGCCGAGGGCAUGGCCGAUGACGACUCCCCGGGCAGCGUGUCCCUGGGCCCCUUGCCGCCGACGCACGUGGCCCUCGAGGCCCUCCAGAGCACCAAAGUGGCCGUGGCGCAGUUCGCCUACGGCACGGGGGCGCCCGCAGAGCUGGCCGCACUGCACGAGGCGCUGCUCGCCUUGCAGCAACAACAGGUGGUGCAGCUGCACAUCAUCCAGCAGCUACAGGCGUACGUGGGUGCAUCGCCGGCGCCGCUGCCGGUGAACCUGAGCCGCCCGGACGCCGAGGCCCCGCCGCCGUCGCCUCGGGCGCCCAGAUCGGGCCCAAGCCCGGAGUGCCGGGCAGAGCCGCUGCUCGCUGGAGUGCGGGAGACGCCGCCGCCGCCCAACACCCGACCCAAGGAGUCCGCGCCGCAGCCGGACGGGGUGGACCGCCUGGCGCUGCCGCCGGCCGAGUCGUCGGCGGAGCCGCUGGCCGAACCCCUGGCCCAGCCCAAGGUCGAGCCGCUCGCGGCCGGCCUCGUCACGCCCCCGACGGCGCCGCCGCCCCCCGACGAGCCCAACACGCUGGAGCUGCUGCAACGGCACACGGAGAAGGCGCUCCAGGAAACCAUGAGCGGUGGCUCGUUCCUGCUCAACGGGCUGGGCUCGCCGGACUCGUCGCGGCUACGCAGGAAAGGUGACGCCCGGCCGGACGAGGCCUACCUGCGCCACAGGUGCCGCUUCUGCGGAAAGGUGUUCGGCAGUGACAGCGCCCUGCAGAUCCACAUUCGCUCGCACACGGGAGAGCGGCCCUUCAAGUGCAACGUGUGCGGCAAUAGGUUCUCCACCAAGGGAAACCUGAAGGUGCACUUCCAGCGGCACCGGGCCAAGUACCCCCACGUGCGCAUGAACCCCAACCCGGUUCCCGAGCACCUGGACAAGCACUUCCCGCCGCUCGAGCCCCCCGGGGACCGCAGCCCGACGUCGCCCUCGGCGCCGCCGCCGCCUUCCUCGUCGCCGCCGCCGGGGCCCCACUCGCUGGCCAGGGCCCUGGCUGUCGUCUCGUCUAGGGGCGACGAAGCGGCGGCAGGCUUCAGCGGGCUCUCCAACUCGCGGACCCGGAGCACCUCGCCCUGCCACGAAACGAGCGCCUCCAACGUGACCACGUCGGCGGGGUCUCCGGAACCCGACGACGACGCGGCGCUCAGUCUCAAGGCGGAGCCCGAGGACUACCCGGAGGAGGACCGCGGCUCGGACGAAGAGCACGACUCGGGCUCCUCGGCGGAGGACUACCCGGGCGGCUUCCUCGCCGGCGGGACGUCGUUCUCGGAGCCCGCGGUGCCCCUUCACGCCGACCCUGCCUUUUACCAGGACCUGCUGCCCAAGCCCGGAAGUAACGACAACUCGUGGGAGACUCUGAUGGAAGUGACACGACCGUCGGAGACCUCCAAGCUUCAGCAGCUCGUGGACAACAUUGAGCACAAGCUGAGCGACCCGAACCAGUGCGUCAUCUGCCAUCGGGUGCUGAGUUGCCGCAGCGCCUUGCAGAUGCACUACCGGACCCACACGGGCGAGCGGCCCUUCCGCUGCAAGAUCUGCGGACGUGCCUUCACCACCAAGGGCAACCUGAAGACGCACAUGGGCGUGCACCGCGUCAAGCCGCCGCUCAGGGUGCUCCACAAGUGCCCCGUCUGCCACAAGCAGUUCACCAACUCGCUGGUGCUCCAGCAGCAUGUCCGGAUGCACGGCGCCGACGCGGCGGUUCCGCAGCACGGCCCGCCCCGGGACGCGUCGCCCGCCAAGACCGGCUCGCCGCAGCCGUGUGCUUCUCCGCCGGGGUCGCCACCGCCGCCGCCGCCGCCGCCGCCGCCGCAGUGUGACCCGCAGUGCGGGUCGGCGUCGCCACAGCCUGCACCGCACCACCCGCCGCAGCAGCAGCCCCUGCUGCGACCGCUGAGCCCCGAACGACCGCCGUCGGAACUCACGUCGCUGGCGGCGCUCGAGAAUCAGGUGAAGGGCAUCAAGACGUCUCUGCAGACUCCGGCACUGCCGUUCGGUCCCUUCGGGCUCGGCCUGGCCGCGGGCUUCGGGCGCUUCGAGGACCAGCCGCUGUUCCUGGGCCGCGGCGCGGACACCGGCGGCCAGAGGUCUCCGGGCUUCUCACCGCGGGCGGGCUCGGAGAUGUCGACGGGCGACGAGCGGUCGAGCCCGCCGUCGCCUCCGUCCUCGCCGCCCGUGAACGGCGCCCCGCUGGACCUGACACCUCGGUCGCUGCGCCCGGGGGACCCGUUCCCGGCGGGCCGCCUGUUCGCGGCGGCGCCGCUGGGGGGCCUGCCGUUCCCGGGCGCGGCGCCCGGGCGGCCCAACACCACCUGCCAGAUCUGCUUCAAGACGUUUGCCUGCAACAGUGCUCUCGAGAUCCACUACCGGAGCCACACCAAAGAGCGACCGUUCAAAUGCAGCGUCUGCGAGCGAGGCUUCUCCACCAAGGGGAACCUCAAGCAGCACAUGCUGACGCACAAGAUCCGGGACCUGCCGGCCACGCUGUUCGCGGCCAGCUCGGCCACGGGGGGCCCCAGUCCCCCGGCCCCGAGUCCCGUGAGGCCUCCCAGCCCCGCCGAGCAGCCCCGGCCCGACGAGGCGAGUCGCGGCAAGCGGCCGGGCGCCCCGAGCCCGGCGCUGCGCCGGCCGCCGGGGCUGCCGCGCCACGUGUGCCAGGUGUGCCACAAGCCCUUCUCGAGCUCCAGUUCCCUUCAGAUCCACAUGCGCACUCAUACGGGAGACCGGCCCUUCAAGUGCUCCGUGUGCGGCAGGGCCUUCACAACCAAGGGCAACCUCAAGGUGCACAUGGGCACGCACAUGUGGAACAACGGCAGCUCGCGGCGAGGCCGCCGCAUGUCCAUCGAGCUGCCGGCGCUGCUGGGGCCCCCCAAGUCUGCGCCCCCGGGAAUGCCAGACUUCGGGGCGCCCCCACCGCACGACCUGUUCUACCCGUACCUGGGGCCGGCCUACCUGAAUGGCAUGCUGGGCCCGAAGGCGAACGAGGUCUCGGUCAUCCAGGGCGGCGCCGAGCCCCGGCCCGGUGACGAGGCCGAGCCGCACAACGGCGCCUGGGCCUGGAAGAUGGCCUGCAACCUGUGCGCCAAGAUCUGCGGCUCCUCGCUCGAGCUCGAGGCCCACCUCAAGGCGCACCACCGCAAGGAGCUCGAGCCCCCGGACGGGCUGCAGCCGGCCUGAGCUAGUCCUCGUCUCUUCGCCCCCUAACUUAUUAUCUCAUCCACGGUCAUGUCUUCUGUGAUAGUACGCCUCCCCUGGCUGUCACCUCGCCAACCUCUCACCCUUCCCGCGCGGGUCGAGCACCGGCGGUCCAUGUUCCCCGGUCACCGUCGUCUUCUCACCCCCGUCCCCGGCGAGGCCGCCAAGCGGAGGGCCCGCUCGCACACGCUCGCUCGCUCGACCGCGCUUGGGGCUCCCCGGCGCCGCGGCGGUGCCCCCCUUCCCGGCACGGACAAUCGGCUUUCCGGGCGGUCUGGGCUCCCUUCCGCUUUACGAGGCGCGGCCAUGUCGACGGGGCUCGCGUCGGAGGCCUCCGGUGCAAUCUAUGACGAUAAGACGCUCGCGAGAAAGGCUGUCUGCCAUCGCAAUGUGAAGCAGUGUGAGCCGCUGCCUGGAAUGUACGGGCCCUCUCGAUAUACAUAACUUGUACUGACGUCACAUUGCGUGCUUUUGGCCACCAUGAAAUAGAACGGAAAACUGGUUUUGUAGGAAUUUUGAGUGACAGGUUAAUCUUCCAUAAUG